UCAAUGGUGAGCAGGAGUAGUUGACGAUGGUCAAAGUAACGAUGAUCAAAUGUUGGUCGAUGACGAUGACAUGUUAAAGAUAAAACAAACAAACCCAUUUUAUCCAAAUAUGUUUUGAUUUUAGGUAUUUAAUAAUUGGACCGCACACAAAUUAGAAAAAUUCAACCGGGUUAUCUAGUAAACUGAAAUGCUUAAUCCACGCCCUAGUCCCACAAAACAAAAACUGUCGUUAAACGUUAAACCCUCCGAAGCAACUACACUACACUUACGUUGGUGUUGUGUCGCGCAACAAUUUCAUCUUUUGCGAUGAACCGUGUGAAGGCAAUAGCUACACGAAUUCUUGCAACUCAUAACCAGACAAUGAAGGAAAAAGGGUUUUACCUCAUUUGGCAAUUUCAUCAUGGUUUGAAAAGGAUAAAAAGAUGAUUAGUGAUGGCCUGGCUCUUUCACACUUUUAUAGUGAGAUGCUUCAGGAAAGUACAAUGCAAAGUGUUGUCACCAAAGUGGUUGAUAUCAUUUUAGGGCCUGAUUGGGAUGAUGAUGAUAAGGUUGAGAAUCAACUUGCAAAUGUUAGAAUUCAACAACUUACUGAUGAUUUUGUGAUAAGGGUUUUGGAAGGGCUUCAAAAUCGUCCUUUAAAGGCUUACAAGUUUUUUCAUUGGGUUGGGAAGCAAUCUGGUUAUCAACAUAAUACCGUGACUUACAAUUAUGUUGCAAGAGUUCUUGCUAAGAUGGACUCAAUUGAGGAGUUUUGGAGUAUCGAGGAGAUGAAGAGUGUCGGUCAUGAAUUGGAUCUCAAUACUUCCAUAAAGAUAUCGAGGCAGCUUCAAGAGAAUAGGAUGAUGGACGGGCUUCAUGAGCAUAUGAUGGAUAGUUCAUACAAGCCAUCAGUUCUGGACUGCAUUAUGCUUUUAAAGAACAUCGCUGAAAGCGAUGAGCCAGGUUUGGAUUUAUUUUUCAGGGUAGCUAACAAAUUCGAGUCGACAGGGGGUAUACUCUUUCCAAGGAAGUCUAUGAUGGUAUCCUUAAGUCUUUUACAAGUGCUGGGAAAUUUGAUGAAGCUCAAAUUAUUGUUAAGACCAUGACAAAUGCUGGCUACAAGCCACAUAAACUCACCCAUAAUGAAAUUGCUUCUGGACUUUGUAAGCUGAGGAGGUUUGAAGAAGCAAGUAAGGUAAUUGAUGAGAUGCAAGCUUGCGGUUGCUUCACUAUCAGGGGUGUGUACAUGAUGGUCAACGACUAUGAGGUGAUCAAGACUUGGAAGAUCUUGAUCAAAGGGUACUGUGAUGCUGGUGAACUAGACAAAGCAUUACUUUCUCUUGCUAAGAUGAUUGAACAGAAUCUUGCCGGCGUAGAUGAUGAUUUGUUUGAAGUUCUGGUUGAUGCUUUACUUACUCAAGGUAGAAUAGAUGGUGCAUACAAGUUGUUUCUAAAGUUAACCGGUAAGUAUGGUAUAUAUAUAUAUCAAAAGCUACUACAUUCAAGAAACUGAUUGAAAGUCUAUUAGGAGUCAGAAAGUUCGAGGAGGCACUUGACCUUCUUCGUUUGCGGUGGUCAUCCCUUAAAUCAUUUGUGUAGUAUAUUUCGAAGUUUGGGACCAUGGAGGAUGCUGCAAAAUUCCUGAAAGUUUUGAGUAAGAAUAACUACCCUUCUCAUAAAGUUUACCUUCAAAUUUUUGAAUCCUUAUUUCAAGAAGGCAGACUUUCAGAGGCCAAAUAUUUGUUGAACAAGUGUCCUCACCAUAUCAGAAAGCAGUGAAAUCCGCGGUUUUUUUGGUUCAGCUGAGAGUCUGAAGGCCCAGACUCAGAUGACCGCUACUUGAUCCCUAUUUUAGUUAUUUUCUUAGUAUCUAUCUCGUCUUUCAUCAUCCAGUUUAAUAACUUUUAUCAAGCUGUUAGGUGGAUUUGUCUUUGCAUUUGGAAAACCAUCAGUACAUAGUAUAUGAUGUCAGUUAACUUUAUUCUUGUUGAAUUGGUAAGAAGUUUUAUGUAUGACCAGUAAUGUUAUCAUUGAUAAGUAUUUUAAAAAAGAUGUACACAAUCGAGAUUUUAUGUUUAUGUAACGAAUAAGCAGCUGUUUCUACAUCCAUAUGAAAAAUAUG